GACUUGUUUUCUUCUUUUGAUAGCCAGGUCCUGCUGCCACCCCAACCCUUGAGCUGCUCCCACCACGGCAUUGCGUGCGACGGGGCCGACGGACUGGCAAACACUCUUAACGGAGAACGCACUCUCACACAGCCGGACGGCCUCUACCCACCUACACACACUCUCUCUCUCUCGCAGACAAACAGACACCCCUCCCUCGCCGACUGCGUUGACUGGACUGGCAAACCAGACAGACGGACUCACACGCGCACGCACACGCACUUGCGCAACCCGACUGUCUGUGUGAUCGUCUCGCUGGCCCUCCGCCGUCUCUGUCCUCUUUCUAGCGUCUGCAAUUCGCUUUCGCUCUGCGACUCCUGCCUCCAUUCCCGCUCUUGCCAUCACUUACUCGCCCUCCCUCGCUCUCUCACCCUCUUUCCCUCUCCCUUCGCCUCUGGCAUCUGCCCAACACACACCGCUCACACAACGCGGCCGCCCCCAGCUUUCUUGGAUCCUCUGCAACCCUUUCCCGCGCGGCGUCGAUUCGCUGCGCGCGUGUGCCUUUUGCGUCGCUUCGUCGCUCGAUGCUGGGCACAGCGUCCUUCUGUCCGUGGUCAUCCCCAUCCAAUUGCUCUCGUUUCCUGUCUCCAUCCUCUCCGCCUGCGCUCCCGUCACCCUCCUGGCCUGCACCGCGCUCAAUCGCCAUCUCCCCCGUUCUCCAGCUCUCUCCGUCCUCAGCCGUGUUCUGUCGCGCGCUACCUACCAUAGCUUAUCCCUCUUCGCGCCUGUCAAUCAGAGGCGUACCGGCCGCUUACUCCGACGGCAGCUCGCCCGAUCCGUAGCGCCUGUGCUACGUCUGGAUCUCGACCGCAUCUGCCUGUCCAAAGCUUGCCUCUUCAGCUAGCCGGGUCCAGGAACGUCGACCACCUAUCGACAUCAUCGCCACCUCUUCGUCGCCCACACUGGCCCCAUCGACUCGCACUCUUCGCCUCCAACCCUCGUUUUCCCCCGCCCAAAUCACCUGCUUCGCUUCAUCUUGCUACCGCUCUGUCACAUUCGUGCCGGACCACAUUGCAAUGCUCAACUUGCGCCCAGUGGUUCCACUACCGUGACAGCAUCGACGACCUACGGCUGCAGCGUGGGUUAAAUCUCGCCUUUCCCACCGGCUCGAAAUCGGGUCAAGCACGACGAACUCUGGGAAUUUUCUAUCCCUCGGUCGUCGCGACACUUUCUGCGUCGCCAUUGGCGUUCUCUCUGGCUGCCUGCGAAGAAGAAAGAGAUCAUUCUCGGCCGCCCUCCCUCUGCCAGCCCUACCUCGCGGUCCUCCUGCAGCCUCGUGCUCUAAGCUGCCUUCAUCGCGCCGAGACCUGAGGCAGUCGCAACUCGCAACUGCAAACCCCAAUCAAUUCAAAUCGCUUGUAUCCAGUUGUAUAUUCACUCUACCUUUGCAGUGAUCGAAAAGAACCACUCGGUGUUCAUUUCCUGCACAGGAGUGCGCAAACAUGGCAAUGAAUCCGGAUAGUCAACCUCUCACAUCUUAUCAAGCCUCGGUGCUGCCUCCACAGUCGCUUCCCCCAAUCACCACCUUGACAAACGAGUUACCGCCUCCUGAGCCCUCGCCCAAUCUCAUUCGACGCCAGCAGGAAGAUGCUAUCCGCGACUCUGGCAACUUCUCUCUCGCCUCGCAAAGCAAACACUCUUCAGCCAUUUCGAGCGCAUCAGGGCUGCACCUGCAAACCAUCCUGAACAACAAUGAAGAUUCUCCACCACGCAACUCUAUGCCUGAAACACCACACUCUGGUCGAGGGUCAUUACAGCCGAAUUUGCCCUCGCUCAACCAAGGGUUCGAUCAAAAUCGUGCAAGUGUACACAGUACAGAUGCAGCUCUUCUCGACUCCAGUCGACGCAGCAGCGUUGACAGUCGUAUGAACGUCGGGAUGGGACACCUUCAAAUCAGUCCGCAGUCGCCUUAUGACAGCCAAAAUGCUUCGCGCGCCUCCCUUGCUUCCGGAUUGCAGCAGGCUCGCGUUCCAAACGGGCUCACUCCGCUCUCGCCUACUGGUACACGUCUGGCAAAUAGGGCCCACGUCGUCCCACGUCGUGCGCCUGUCAUCGCAAAUCCUCGUGCCGUUUCGGGUAUGCCCGAUCCUACUGCAGCUGCACCGACCAAAGGUUUCGCGUGGGCAUUCCCCGAUCAGGAAUCCCUAGACGAUCGCAGAGGAUCAAGCAGCGAAGAGUCUCAUGACGGCAGGGGCAAUAUCUCCCGGCAGAACAGUUACGCGCAGUCGAUCGCCAGCAGCAUCUUGACUACAGAUUCAGCGCUACCUCCCGGCCAGAAACGUUUUGACGACGGUGGUAUGUUGCGCGCCAAAGCAAACGGUCGGAUCAACCAAGCUGAUCUCAGUGCAGACCUGCAUACUCAUCAUCACUCCAUUCAACAUCGCUCCGUCACGAGCCUACAAAACAAUGAACAAGGCGGUCUGUCCGUGUCGGGGACUGGCAGUUACAGCCGCACCCCAGAGCUCCGCGUCAGCCACAAGAUGGCUGAACGAAAGCGACGAAGUGAGAUGAAGCAGCUUUUUGACGAACUCAACUCCAUUCUACCCAACUCGCCUGGUGGCAAAUCGAGCAAGUGGGAGAUUCUUACCAAGGCCAUUGAACACAUCAGACACCUCAAGUCCAGUGACACGGUUGUCCGCCGUGAUGCCGAGCGGUUGAAGAUGGAGCUGGAUAUGUCUCGUAGGAAUCAAGACGAGAUUCGGGCCUUGCAAGCAGAGAUUACUCACCUAUGGAGUGACGUGCAGCGCCUGGACCCUGGCAGGAACCACGUUUAUGGAAACUUCACCCACUCGCUAGCACAAGAGCACGCGAGAACAGCCUCUGGUGGGCCUCCUUCAACCAUGCUCCCUCCUGUACAGUCGGCACCUGCGGCACAAUGGGGACAAGCUUCUUCUGGCGCCAUGUCAGGCGUCGAGUAUUCCGGCCAACCUGCACAGCACUACGACCGGCGCUGAUUUCCUUGGCAAUUCGACCUAUCCCACGACUUCUCUACGAAUUCUCUCUCUCUCCCCGCGAACUCAUGUAUUACUAGCUACCGUACUCGAACCACGACUGAUGUUCUCGACAACUGAACAACGACCACGGCGCACAAAUGUCUGCCCUCGCACCUUUAUUUUUCCAUCUCCGAUAAUGACAUCUUUGCCCUCAUAUUACCAAAAAUUCUGGCGACUGCAUUGCGGCAUGUACAUCGACCUCGAUCGAACCAUUGUAUCGGCGUUACGCUAAAUCUUAUAUCCCUCUGUAUUUGUUUGUCGCCACAGGGAUAUUAUCUCCUUUUUUAUUCCUAUAAAAGGCAAAGGGAAGCGGCGAUGAAGGGCUCGGAAAAGGCGGUCAUACUUUUCUAUUCAUGCUCGACGAGCGCUGUCAUCCCUGGCCAUGGCAGAAUUGGCCAGCGGAGGAAGAGCGACGACAGAUGCACGAUUGUCGUCGCCUGCAGCACACGGCGACCUUUUAUUUGUCAUCAAAAACAGGGCCCGAGAAUCUGUAGUUUGUCUACGGUACUCGAUCUUUUUCACCUUUGUUCCGUUCUGCGCACUCUUGCUUCAAACCUGCUCUUUGAUGGUUUAGUGUAUAUCGUAAUGGUGGCCCAGCAUCUCCUGUAUUUGCAUGGAGAACAAAAACGUGGGCGGAGCGAGUCACAUUAUUCAAGUCGUGGCUGGCAAGGCCAAGUUCUGUCUUAAGGCGCAAGAGAGGCAUAUGCUCGAACUGUAGCUGUGCUUACGCUAUUGCCAUGGUUAGCCGAGAAACUAUAGAGUGGCGACGCAAGGUCUGCCUUGUAUUGA